AUGGCGAUGCCGACGUGGACUGCGAAAUUGUACUCCCUGCUGUUCCGCAGGACUUCCACCUUCGCCCUCACCAUCGCCGUGGGCGUCCUGUUCUUCCAGCGAGUCUUCCAUCAGGGCGCGGGCAAGAUCUACCUGCACAUCAGCGAGGGGAAGCUAUGGAAACAUAUCAAGCAAAAGUAUGAAAAAAAGUAGUUCCUUGGA